CCCUGUCUUCUCCCUGUUUCCCCUCCUACUCCUUUAUCCCCUCCCUCUGUCUCAGUUCUGCAGUAAUCUGGGCUGAAGCACAUUCCUGCUUUUCCAGGCAUUCUGUUAAGGAUGUAUUGUGGCUUUUGUUUGGAUUGCAGCAUACACAAUUACAGCUGUUUAGAGGACCCUCAUUACAACUCCUGCUGAAGUUCCUAAUCUUCCUCCCUUCUCUUCUGCCCCUUCCCCUACCCUCAAUUGGCCUGAAGACAUUAUCCCCAGAGUUUAUCUUACUCUCCUGGUGCUAUGUGUAUGGUGAACCUGCCACUAUGGCCACAUCUGGGACUGGCCAGACAACUGCUGCUGGCUCUCGCUAUUCCAAGAAGGAUUUAAAGGGGAAUUGUACUGCAGGCAAUGCACCAGAGCAGCAGCAUCAGGAUCGUGGGGACUAAGGCUCCUCUGACAUUAUUACACAUGCACAGAGCUGACCGCAAUGACAGCAGUUGCUCCUUUGAACUGCCAGCAGCAGCCAAGUGGCAGCAUGAAGUGAGAGAUCACUCCUGAGCUCAAGAUGAACUUCACCUUGGAUGGUAAUCAGAGCAGCCGCCCCUUUUGCCUCUUGGCAUUUGGUUAUUUGGACACUGUUGAUUUUUGCCUUUUGGAAGUGCUGAUUAUUGUCUUUCUCACCGUAUUGAUCAUUUCUGGCAACCUCAUUGUGAUUUUUGUAUUUCACUGUGCACCUCUGUUGAACCACCACACUACAAGUUAUUUCAUACAGACGAUGGCGUAUGCUGACCUUUUGGUUGGGGUUAGCUGCCUGGUUCCUUCUUUUUCUCUCCUACACUACCCGCUUCCAGUAGAAGAGUCGUUGACUUGCCAGAUAUUUGGUUUUGUGGUAUCAGUUCUGAAGAGUGUCUCCAUGGCUUCUCUGGCCUGCAUCAGCAUCGAUAGAUACAUUGCUAUCACUAAGCCUUUGAUCUAUAAUACCCUGGUGACACGCUGGAGACUGCGCCUGUGCAUCUUACUGAUUUGGCUGUAUUCCACUCUGGUCUUCCUGCCUUCCUUUUUCCACUGGGGCAAACCUGGGUAUCAUGGAGAUGUCUUUCAGUGGUGUGCAGAAUCUUGGUAUACCAACCCAUACUUCACCAUGUUCAUUGUGAUGAUGUUGUAUGCCCCAGCAGCCCUUGUUGUGUGCUUCACCUAUUUCAACAUCUUCCGAAUAUGCCAACAGCACACAAAGGAAAUCAGUGAAAGGCAAGCCCGUUUCAGCAGCCAGAGUGAGAAGGCUGGCGAAGUGCAGGCUGGCCCCGAUAAACGCUAUGCCAUGGUCCUCUUCCGAAUCACUAGUGUAUUUUAUAUCCUCUGGCUGCCGUAUAUUAUAUACUUUUUGUUGGAGAGCUCUACUGGCUUCAGCAACCACUUGGCAUCCUUCUUGACCACCUGGCUUGCUAUUAGUAACAGUUUCUGCAACUGUAUCAUUUAUAGUCUCUCCAACAGCGUCUUCCAGAGGGGAUUAAAACGCCUCUCAGGGGCCAUGUGUACUUCUUGUGGGAGGGAGACCACAGACAAGGAUCCUUACACAGUUAGAAGUAAAGGCCCCCCUAAUGGAUGCCAGGUGUAAAGUGGCACAGAUAUUGGGUCACUGUGUGUGUACAUGUUUGUGUGUAUGUGCAUUUUCUUUUUUUAUUUCUUUUUAUAUCUAGUUUACUAGGAAAUCUGGGACAAAAUAAUUUGAUGUUCAGCAAUCCCAUAGAAUGGUCCAUCCAAAGUAACCCUCCAAGCAUACAGAAAAUGUUUUUCUAAACAAUAUAUUUAAACCAGAAAAAUCAGGACCACAAAAAUAAAAAUUCUUCUGGUUUCAGUUUUUGAAAUGCCUUGAAAAUGACUCCACUUCUUAGAUUUAAAAUAAAUAAAGGCCCAUCUAACACCUCUCUUAAACUGGCAUGACUGAUUCUGGGUGUGAAAAGCUUCAACAUUUUAAAAAGUCAUCAUUUUCUUGACCCACUCUGGGUUCUUUCCAGCUGUUCGAGUUCCAUGUGCAGAUGAUUUAUUUUAAGAUAGACUGAUGAAUUAACCCAGAUUAUAUGUGAGGGGGCUUCAAACAGUUCCUGGGAAAAUGGAAUUAAAAGGAAAUAAAAUUUUGUGAGCAUUCUGGAGCCCCUCCGUGUGUACACGUGCGUUCCAAAACAUACCUGAUGAUAACUUCUAGCACUGUCAUUUAGAAAGCUUAAUGUUUUAUUCUCUUGAGAGAAUUCUCAUUAGGGGGAAUGUGAACAUUUAAAUAAUUUCAGAAUGUUACACUCAACAGUGAAGCAGAAGUGCAUCCAAAUCAUAUAAUUUCUGAAAAACUGAGUUACUCUUUGUGCCCUACUUCACAGAGAUCUAAAGAAAUGUGUGCAUAGACAUGAAAGUGUUGUGGUAUUUGUGCCUUACCUUUGUUUUAUAUGUGUAUUGAGAAUAUGUGAAUUGAGUUGGAUUUCUAUUUUACAACAAAUAACUGAUAGGCUGAUGGCUGUAAUUUUUAUAAUGGUAAAAUAUAUACAAGGUGCCUUCUGUUCUAGCUAUAGAAAAAAAUUGGCAUUAUAGAACAUCAAAGAGAAGAAUAUUAUGAGAAAAUGAAUAAAAGAUAUAUACUGUUUUAAUUAGUUCAUUUUUUAAAUGCAAGGGUGGUUUCUUUGUGGUUAAAUUGAAUCUAUAGAAGCAGCUCAUUUCAGAAAACUUCUUUUUAUUGAAUAUUAAUGAGUCCCCCCUUGAAGGAGGGAUGAAGAUGUCUGGCUAAUCCCCGUCUCCUUUUCUUGUUGUUAUUUUCUUCCUGGGGGGAUGUAGCGAGGAACCCUUUGGGACACAUUUCUUCCCUUAGGAGUACUCUAUUUUCUUUUUUAGCCAAACUUCUCACCAAAGCCAUAAAAUUUAUUAUUGUUCUCUAGCUGUGUUAGUGAGAAUGAUGCAUUUAUAUGGAGUAGUGAUAAUUUGUUCAUAAAAAUGAAUGGAAGGGGUUUAUUUUUGAAAAAGAGGGGAUUCCCAGCAGUUCCAGGCAUUCCCAGCAGUUCCA